UUUUAAAUAAGUUUUUCAAAAUUAAUUAAAGUGCCAAAGAUUUCCUUAUUAUCAAAUUCUUUAUUUGUGUUAGGAAAUGUUAGCCCUAAUCAGUUAGUAUACAACAGUUUCUAAUCUUUCAACUCAACUUGUGGCAAAGUUGAGAGUGUCUGUCAUUAGGCUACACAAGCUUGUGGCAAGAGCUUAAUGAAAAAUCGAAGAAGGCAACAAGUGUCUAAGCGUGUGUGUAUGUGUGUGUGUCUGUAAACGAAUACAAAAGUAAUCAAAGCCGAACACAUUUAGGCAAAAAGUGCGCUAGGGCAACACGGCAGGAAGUCAAUAAAAAUAAACACAUAAAAGCAACUUGCGGUCUGCGGAAUUAUGUCAACGACCAUUGAGAGGGAGGAAAUAAUAAUGGAUGCGGUAGAGGCUGUUAAUACGCCGCCGACAGUGGUCAAUGCGAUUGUUCAGACAGUCCAAUCCAUAAUUAGCAGCACAACGUCAAAACCCACAGCCUUACCCAGCUCUAGCAUCAGCACCGUCGACAGCACCACCACCACGACCACUGACACCACAGCAAGAGCAAUAGCCACAGCAUUGUCAACAACAACAUCGUCCUCCAGCAUGACAGAGAAGCCCAGCGUGAGCGAUUUAAGCAGCGCACUGCAACAUUUUGGCAUUGUUGAUUAUUUGGUUUUCAUAGCCAUGCUGGUGGUCUGCGCCGUAAUUGGCUUCUACUUCGGUUUCAUCGAGAAGAAGAAGAAACAGCAAAAAGGCCAAGUGUCCACGGAUGAAAAAGAUGGCGCCGGCACCGCUGGUAUGGACGAGCGCCGCGGCUCGGAGGCCUUGGAUUACUUGGUGGGUGGACGCAAAAUGAAAGUGUUUCCGGUUUCGCUAUCACUGGUCGCUAGUUUUGUUUCGGGCAUAUCAUUGCUGGGCACGUCAACGGAGAUUUAUGUCUAUGGUACACAAUAUGCAUUCAUACUGGUUACCCUGGCCAUAUCGGGACUUAUAUCGUGGUAUAUCUUCUUACCCGUUUUCUGCAAUCUACAAUUGACUUCCACAUAUGAGUACUUUGAGAGACGCUUCGAUCGACGUAUUCGCAUCUUUGGAUCAUGUCUAUUUGUACUGAUGAAUAUCCUUUGGCAACCAAUAUGCAUUUAUGUGCCCGCUCUCACUCUGAAUCAAGUUUCUGGCAUAAGUGUUCAUACAAUCGUGCCAAUUACCAGUCUGAUAUGCAUUGUCUACACCAGCAUCGGUGGCAUUAAGGGCGUAGUUUGGACGGAUGUCAUACAAGGAGUUGUCAUGAUUGGUGCCAUGGGCUUUGUUAUAAUCAAAGGAACUGUCGACUUGGGUGGCUUGUCUGUGGUGCUUGAACGCAACCGUCAGUUUGAGCGCCUGGUGGGUCCCGACAUGACACUGGAUCCAACGGCUCGCAUGGGUGUUCUGGCCCUGUUUAUUGGAGGCGCCUUCUUUAAGCUGCAGGCUAAUUGCAUAAACCAGCCCACAGUUCAGCGUUUUAUGACCUUGCCCAACAUCAGGGCUGUCAAGCAGGCGCUUUUAUUGUCCCUCAUAGGCUUCAUGCUUGUCAUGGUCAUGUGCAUCUAUCUUGGCAUACUCGCCUUCGCUGCUUACUAUCAUUGUGAUCCCAUAACCACGGGUUUGGCACGUGCCAAGGAUCAGGUGAUACCCUUGUAUGUAAUGCAAAGCGCUGGCAUGGUGCCCGGAAUUGUGGGCCUGUUUGUCGCCGGCGUGUUUAGUGCAGCUCUUAGCUCGCUUUCUACCGCACUCAAUUCUCUGUCGGCGGUGGUGCUGAAGGACUUUGUCGAACCAUACCGCAGUCGCCCACUAACCGAGCGGCAGACUGCCUAUGUGCUGAGAGGCGUGGUAAUCGUCUUUGGCUUCAUCUCAAUGGCCAGCGUGCCGAUUGUGCAGAAAUUGGGCAUGGUCAUGCAGCUAUCAUCCACAGUGGCUGCAAUCACCUGUGGUCCAUUGCUUGGCGCCUUUUCAGUCGGCAUGCUGUUGCCGUUUGUGCGGACAGAGAGCUUGCUAACCGGCAUUUCAGUGGCCACCAGCUUUACAGCUUACAUUGUUGUGCGGGCACAGAUUGCCAUGGCCACCGGCCAAAUGACUUUUACCGCAAAACCUGUUUCCGUCGACGAUUGCGACUACAGCUUUAAGCGACACUCCAACUGGAAUGCAACGACCAACGCAACUCCUUCCGAGGGCAAGAAUUUCAGCUUGCAUGAGAUAUCGUUUUUGUGGUACACUUUGAUUGGUUCUCUGGGAACACUGCUCUGUUCACUGCUGGCCACACUUUACUUUGGCAAACAGGAUGUUCGCCUCGUGGACAGGGAGUUGGUUACGCCGGUUUUGCAGAAUUAUUGGUAUGGAGCGUACAACAGUGUGGCCAGCGAUGAUGAGGAAAUAAAGCAGCUGGAACUACACGAGUCCGUGACGCAACUCAAGCUGGAAGAGAAAGUGGAGCAAGCAUCAAACUAGUCUUACGCCUUCUAAUCUUAUGGAUCAAUAAACUGUUUCAAGACAUCCGCAUACUUUGUAGUUUUGCCUUAGCCCUAAGACUUGUUCUGUUGCACAUUUAAAUUUUGAUUAACUCUAAACUUAGUUUUCAGCUGGUUGUCUUGAAUGCCCAGAGCAUUUCCACUUUUCUAUCAAUAC